AUGCGGUUCGACGUCAAGCGACAACUCUUUGCCCGCUCUGAGCGAGUUAAGGGGAUCGAUUUUCACCCCACAGAGCCAUGGAUUUUGACGACAUUGUAUAGCGGACAUGUCUACAUUUGGUCUUACGAAACCCAGAGCACUGAUGCUAGCCUAUUUCAGUCGAUUAUCAAAACCUUCGAGCUUACUGAUGUCCCUGUACGAGCCGGCCGAUUCAUUGCCCGAAAAAACUGGAUUGUUUGUGGCUCAGAUGACUUCCAACUGCGAGUAUACAAUUACAAUACCUCGGAGAAGAUUAUAUCCUUUGAAGCGCAUCCUGACUAUAUUCGAUCGAUCGCUGUUCAUCCAACGCACCCAUUUGUGUUGACAGCGUCAGAUGAUAUGACCAUCAAGUUGUGGGACUGGGACAAAGCAUGGAAGUGUGUGCAGGUGUUUGAGGGUCACAGCCACUACGUAAUGGGUCUUGCCAUCAACCCAAAACAUACCAACACAUUUGCUUCAGCCUGCCUUGACAGGACUGUUAAGAUAUGGAGCUUGGGCUCACCUAAUCCCAACUAUACUUUGGAAGCACACGAGACCAAGGGUGUAAACCAUGUCGAGUAUUACCCACAGGCUGAUAAGCCAUAUCUUCUCACAACCUCUGACGACAAGACUGUGAAAGUCUGGGAUUACACCACAAAGGCAUUGAUUGCUACCUUGGAGGGUCAUACUAGCAAUGUGUCUUUCGCCUGCUACCACCCUGAGCUCCCAAUCAUUAUAUCUGGCUCUGAAGAUGGAACCAUUAAGCUCUGGCAUGCUAACACUUACAGGCUAGAGCAAUCUCUUAGUUAUGGCCUAGAGAGAGCAUGGUGUGUUAGCUACCAACGUGGCAAACAGGGAAUUGCAAUGGGCUUUGAUGACGGAGCCGUAGUUGUUAAGAUGGGCAGAGAAGAGCCUGCCGUAUCUAUGGACGGGUCUGGUAAGAUUGUCUGGGCUAGACACAAUGAAGUCGUUUCUACUGUCAUUAAGGGCGGUGACUCAAGCUUAAAGGAUGGUGCCCCUCUCACUUUACCCACCAAGGAUCUUGGGUCCUGUGAAAUAUACCCGCAGACUUUGGCUCAUUCUCCAAACGGAAGAUUCGUUUCGGUUUGUGGCGAUGGCGAAUAUAUCAUUUAUACUGCCCUUGCCUGGAGGAACAAGGCCUUUGGCCAGGCUCUAGAUUUUGCAUGGGGAUCCAAGGACAAUAGCAACGAUUACGCCAUUCGGGAAUCAUCAACAAGUGUUAAAAUAUUCCGAAAUUUUAAAGAGAAGAGUGGUGGACUCGAUGUUGGUUUCCACGCUGAAGGCUUGAGCUCUGGUGUCCUCCUCGGAGUCAAGGGCCAAGGGGGCAUUGGAAUGUUUGACUGGGAGACUGGCAACCUUGUUCGACGGAUAGAAGUUGAGCCUAGAGCGGUGUACUGGUCUGAAUCGGGAGAACUGGUCGCCCUUGCAUGUGAAGAUACAUUCUAUGUGCUCCGGUUUUCACGGGAAGAUUAUAUUGCGGGACUCAACGCCGGAGAGGCUGAUGAGGAUGGUGUUGAGGCUGCGUUCGAGGUGGUUACGGAUGUUAACGAUACUGUGCGCACCGGUGAAUGGGUUGGGGACUGUUUUAUUUAUACAAACUCGACCAACCGAUUAAACUACCUGGUUGGUGAUCAGACUUACACGAUUUCACACUUCGACCAGCCGAUGUACCUCCUUGGGUACCUCCCACGCGAUGGACGAAUUUACCUUACAGAUAAAGAACUCACUACCGUCUCGUUCGCACUUUCGCUUUCUGUUGUUGAAUACCAAACUUUGGUGCUGCGGGGGGAUAUGGAUUCUGCGACGGAAUUGUUAGAGGAUAUUCCAAAGGACCAGAUGAACAAAAUUGCCCGAUUCUUGGAGGGUCAGGGCUAUAAGGACCUUGCCCUUGAGGUUGCCACUGACCAAGAGCACCGCUUUGACCUUGCUCUUGGGCUCGGAAAACUUGACAUCGCCCUUGAAAUUGCUAAGGUAACGGAUGUUGAACACAGAUGGAAGACUGUCGGUGAUGCCGCCCUUACAGCUUGGAAUCUCUCCUUGGCUGAAGAAUGCUUUACAAACGCCAAAGAUUUAGGAUCUCUGCUUUUGUUGCACUCAUCCAGCCGCAAUUCCGCCGGCCUUGAAAAAUUGGCUGAGCAAGCAAAGCAGGCUGGGUCACAUAAUAUUGCAUUCUCUGCUCUAUGGCAGCUGUCUGAUGUAGACUCUUGCAUUGACCUCCUUGUCGAAACAAACCGCUAUGCUGAAUCUGUCUUUUUUGCACAGACAUACAAGCCUAGUCGUACCCCAGAGCUAGCAGUCCAGUGGAAACAGAGCCUUGAAAAGAAUGGCAAAGCCAAAGUUGCCCGUAUUAUCGGUGUACCACCGGGUGCUGAAAAUGCCGAUGAUGACUUGUUUCCCGAAUGGGACAGUUAUCUAAAACUGGAGGCAGAAGGCGGUAUAAAAACGGCGAAUCUGAUUGAUGUUGAUGCUAAUGGUGAUGAUGAGGCAGACACAGAGCAACCCGCAGACGAACCUGUAAAUGGGGCUUCUGAAUAA